AUCAAACUCGGCCCGCUCGAGGGCGUCUGCGUCGUCCGUCUCGGGCGCACGAUCGCGUGCGCGUCGACGAGCGCGAUGUUAGAGCGGCCGCAGAGCGCCGGGGCGUCGUCCGAGGGCGUCCUGCGCGUGGAUUGCGAGUUUUCGAGCGGGGCGUGCGAGGGGUUCGCGCGCGAGGGACGAGCGAAUCGAGAGACGCGACAGAGAGCGAAGGAUUUGGGCGCGCUGCUCGAGCGCGGGCUGAAGGAUGCGCGAGCGGUGGACGUGGAGUCGCUGUGCGUGCUGGCGGGGAAGCGGGUGUGGGUGGUGACGUGCGCGGUGACGAUUUUGGCGCACGACGGAAACUUGGCGGGCGCCGCGAGUCUGGCGGCGUGCGGAUCGUUGAUGACGUAUCGUCGCCCCGAAUGCGCGGUCGAUCCGAACACUGGAACGGUGACCGUGCACAGCGCGGACGCGCGAGAGGCGAUACCGCUGAAUAUGCAUCACUUUCCCAUCGCGUCGACGUAUUGCUUCUUCGACGAGGUUCCCGGGUUAGCCGUGGCGGAUCCGACGUUGGAGGAGGAAGUCACCGCGGAUGCCUCUAUCGUGGUCGUCGUCAACACGCACGAUGAAGUCUGCGCGUUGUCUAAGACUGGAAACGGCGUGCCGAGCGAGGACUUGAAGCGAUGCGUGCGGAACGCUUCGCGAACGGCGCGCGAGUGGACCGAACUCCUCAAGGAAGCCGCCGCCGAUUUCGAAGCCGAUCGCUUGGCGAAUAAAGUGCGCACGCAUUAC